UAGGAUAGAUACAUGUAUAAUUAAUUGAAACAUAUCUACAUACAGGGCACACAUUUCUAAUCAGUAAAAGUAAGUAUGGUAAUAAAGUUUUGAAAACUAUUGUUAAACACCGUACUUGUGCAACCUGUAAGUGGUGGAAACGCAAUAGACCUGGUCAAGUUGUUCGCCCACACAGAUGUGUAUGGAACCACAGUGGAUCAUCAAAGCUUAUGGAGGCAACCGCCGGAAUACAAGCAAUAAAAGAGAUGAUAUCAGAGGAUACUCCUGUAGAAGUGGUGGAGGGAGAUGGAAAUAAUACAGUAAUAUCCAGAAUACACAACGAACUUGGUGUACAGCUGAAGAAAAAACUUGACCGUAAUCAUUGUGUGAAGAACAUUGUAAAACAUCUGUAUGAACUUAGAAAUUCUAAAGAUGCCAAGAUCAGUAAUCAAGUUAUACAACAUUUAUCUAAGUGUAUUAAAUACAUUUUUGAGAAAAACCAAGGAAAUAUUUAGGGUAUGAAGGAAAAUUUGGAAGCUCUUGUACCACAACAGUUUGGUGACCAUAGUGUUUACCGAGAUUCUGUGGAUUUAUGAGGACACCAAACCAGACUUAUUCACACAGAAGCUUACCAUACAAGGCAACACUUAAGGACCCAAAUCUUAGGGAAAAGCUUGAAAAAAAUUUUGAGCCGGUAAUUGCAAAUGCUGAACUGUAUUCAGACGUAGGAUCCAGUCAAGCUUGUGAACAUGCUAACAGGGCUGUAAGUCUUAGAGCGCCAAAACAUCUGCAUUAUGGGGAUAGCGAGUCUCUAGAUUUUAGAGUUAAAGCUACUGCAGUUCGUGUGAAUGAAGGUCGCAAGUACUUGUCGGAGGUUCUUCUUGUUUGAAGUUUAUUGCUAAAAAUAAUCAAGUUCUGUUGCUGCAACUACCCAUUUUUACUGUCACUUCACCAGGCUACAUGAAGAAAUGCUAAUAGAAUUUGAACAGAAAGACAUAAUUUAUGCCGAUUUCAAUUAUUUUUUGGCAUUUAAGGAUCAUGGACUCUCUCCAGGAUACUUCACGGAGAAGUAUGCCAGUAAGAAAGAUAUGGAAAGACAGAAGAGGCAAGAAAGAGCAGCAUUACCACAGAGGAAACGUCGUAGACUGGAACUAAAACUGGAGAGAUUGACACAGAAAGGAGCAAACGAAGCAGCUGAGGGUGACACAUAUCAGUCAGAGGUGGGUAUGACUCCAAAUGUUGACAGAGAAAGUAUCCCAGAAGCUGUGCCAAAGCAAGGAUUUACCAAGGUGGAUAAUUUAGUUCACCUCCAAGUGAGCUAUGUUGUAAUAGACCUUGAAACUACUGGGCUUAUCCAUAGAGGAAUUAUCCCACACAUUACCCAGAUUGCUGCCCAGGACAUGGCUAGUGGGGAGAAGUUUUCCUGCUAUGUAAAGCCCCUCAUCCCGAUUACUGCCGAAGCGGAAAAAGUCACAGGGAUUUCUUGGACUGGGACGGAAAUGACUGUGAAGGGUUUACAUGUAGAUGUUAUUACAAUUAAAGAAGCCCUUACCAAAUUUUUUGAAUUUUUGAAAAAAUUUGACAGUGUUAUUUUGAUAGCUCACAAUGGCAGAGUAUUUGACUUUAGAGUUUUGUCAUAUGCUAUUAAUCAAGUAGGAUUUAGCGAUAUGUUUUUGAAAUGUGUAUUAGCUUUUGUCGAUUCACUUUCAAUGUUGCGCUCUAAAGUACCAAAGCUUAGUUCAUAUAAACAAGAGUACUUGGCAGAAUACUUCUGCAAAGAAUCGUAUAACUCACAUAACGCCACUGAUGAUGUAAAUAUGUUGGUAAAAAUUUUGUACCAGAGUGGCAUGACAAAGGCAGAGUUUGUCAAACAUUCCUAUUCAGCAAAUUGUAAUUUUUUGCAAGAGGUUUUUAAUGCCACAAAAUCAAGAAAUAUUGAUUCAUUGCAUUGUCUGAUAGCAGGUGGAGUACUGAAAACAGCAACUGCUGAAAACAUUGCUGGUUCAGGUUUGAAUGUACAUCAUUUGAAACUUAUAUGGCAAAGGGAUGGAGAGGAUGGUUUGUUGAAUGUAUUGUCGGCUAAGAACUGUAUAGAUAAACCAAGGGUUACCAAAGAUAAGCGAUUACUUGGGGAUAUAAUCCCUAAGCUCUGUUGUUAUUUUCAGAAAUAGUGUUUUUAUACUUUAUUUCAUUUUUGAUGUGUAAACCAUAUGCAGUUAUCUCAUAUCUCUGUUGAUCUGAUGCGCAGGAGAAUGCUCUUUAUAUGAACAAUGUCUAAAAUAAGGAAAGUUAUUGACAAACAAGUUGAUGAAACAAGAAUGUAAGCAUUUUCAUAAUUUUAUAAGCAUGUUCAAUAAUGAUGUGCAACAGAAUGAUAAUUUACAAUCCAUAACUGUCAUGGGCUUUGCCUUGUGUGCACUUGAUUAUGACAGUAUGUACAAUGCUAUGAUGUGUUUCUAAAUUGAAUAUAUGGAUCAUAUUAUUACAUGUUUAUUCUUAUGAUUAUUGUAUAAGCAUGUUAAAUAGCAAAGUGCAUUAGAAUGAUUAUUUUAUAAGCAUGUUCAACAGAAGUGCAAUAGAAUGAUUUACAAUCCAUAACUGUCAUGGGCUUUGCCUCGUGUGCACUUGAUUCUUACAAUCCUAUGAUGUGUUUGUAAAUUAUAUAUUUGGAUCAUAUUUUUGAAUAUACGUUUUGGGGUACAAUGACUCUUUUUGGAAAAAAGUAAAGUUGUUAUGACAAAUCUGUUCUGAAUUUUUGCAUGAGUAGAAAUAAGCAGCAGGUAAUAAUAUUUGUCUUUACACGUCUGGCAGUUUAUCCUUCAAAAAGACAGUUUUUUAUGGUAAAACUUACUAAAACUUAAAUUAUAUUCCAGAAUGUACUUGUAGCAAUGCAUUUGAUUUAUUGAGACUUUCAACAUCACAUUAUUUUUGGAGAACGCGGGCAUUCAAAUGAAUCAAACCUUUUUGCACUAAAAUUGACUUGUGAUUUUUUUUUUAACUUGAA